GAGAGACUUGGAAGUCGCGAAGCGGCUCGUCUACCUGGUGCUACUACGCACCAGCCCUGACUCUUUACAAAGCUUUCCUGAACCCACGAUCGGACUGUUAUCGGUUCGCCACGCUUCAUCUCCUCCUAGCGGGGGUUGCCCGUUCGGCAAAAUGGCCGCACCCUCCUUCGUUCUGAAACGGACGGGUAAAAGCGCACCUAGAGAAAAAUCAAACCUGUUUACGUAGGUAAUAUUAAAUUGUGUUCAUGGACAGGUCGAUUCACAUUAACGGAUACAACAAUAUUAUAAAUCAUACAAGUAGAACAAGCCACGAGGAAGCAUUCCUAUUUGUCAUAUUUAUGACAUGAGAAAAUUAUAGUAAAAAAAAAACUAUUACGUAGAUAGCUUUUUGAUUUGCAUUUAAUCUUCAGAAGGCAAUCUGCUUCCUAGGUAGAUCGACGAAUGCACCCACAAUGCAUUUCUCCAAUUAUCACGCUGCAAUUUGGUCGCGUGGGACAGCUUUCUUAUGCUGCGGUUAAUUAUCUCGGCAAGCCAGCGCUUUUACAUUUCUGCGUGUCUAGAAACUCUCCCGGGCGAAGAGUUAACUGAAGAUCGAUUAUGUGCAAUAUAUUUGAAACGAUUACCCUACCGUAUACGAGGUCAAUAAAAUAGGCGAGUCCACCCGGUAUAACUUGAAGACACCCAGUCGCCAUCUGCCAUCCUGUAUCCACUGUAACUUAUACUCGGUAUGCAAAGGUGCAUUUCGUACACUCUAAUCCCGGGCGUAGCGAUUACAAGGAAUUGUACAAGCAGUAGAAUACCGUACAGUCAGGAAUAAAAGUUUUCUCGGUUAGAGCAGUCACGAGUGGAUGAACUUUCAUAUCCAAGAACUAAAGAAGCCUAGCCAGAGGCACUCGACGGUCGACCGGUGAAGGGAACGGAUCGCAGACGCACAGCGGGAGCCAGACGAAACAAACCACGCCGCAUGGCACCAACGUUUCAAGAUUCUUGUCAACAUUGAUCCAAUAUUCACCCGUACGAAAACCCUGUGUAAUUCUUGCAGAUGACGUCCUACUAGUUCCCUCGCGUAGUGUCAGUUCCAGGUUGAGUGGUUAGUUUCUAGUGAAAAUCAAAAAUAAAAGCCCAGUGCUAGAAACGUCAUCACCCUUGCUAAUUGGAUGUGUCAACGUGAUGUUUACCGGACUGGAAGUUUCGGGCAUGACAACGUGAACUUUACCGUUUGGUGUUUAUAGGAGUUAUCACGAAUCGACUGGAGACUUGAACGACUGUGCAGAACGUCGCGAGUGAUCCCGAUGAUAAAUUCUAGAGAGGUUAAACGUCACGUUUUGACGAAAGUGCGCGAAGUGAUGUGAUUUGAAAAUAUUUGGAUAUCGUCGAUGAGGAAAAAAUUCUUAACGAAGAAUCAGCUUGUGAGAUUUUGUUCUCUUCGAUAUAACCAAGUGUAUCCUAACAAACCUAUAGACUAUUCUGUUCACUUGGUUUAAAGCGGACAGAAACUAAGCGAGUUUCGACACUCGGCCGUUUCGUUUGGACACUUCGUGAAAGUCGCCCGGGAUUUUCUAGAGAACCGAUGCGCGACUCGGACUUGGUGCUUUCGUGAUUUUUAUCAGUUUAGUGCAUCGUCAAUGUGAUCCGAUUACGUCGUUAUGACGAAGGAUCCUAGGAAAAUGUUCCUGGCGACGGUGAUGCUCCUCCUAGUAGGAAUCCUGGCUGCCGACGCUCAAGGUCAAAGAUGCGGUCAUCCUGCAGUUCCCAUGAAUGCAAGAGUCACACUCACCAGUGAGAAACUAACGGUCGGCACAGUGGCAUCUUACACGUGUGAUCCUGGCUAUGAACUAUUUGGAUCCGACAGUCUGACCUGCGACGCUCGAGGGAAGUGGCAGGGCGAGCUUCCGUUCUGCGGUACGAAUGUCGCUUUUCGAAAACCUGCCAAUCAGUCUACCACUGUCAGAGGAGGGGACCCUGCACAUGGGAACGACGGGGAUUUGGGAACGGAACACGACGGCAGAAGAUGCACGGAGACGCAGAGGGAGCCGAGUCCAUGGUGGAGAGUGGACCUGCUGAAGUCGUAUGCGGUCAAAGUGAUCCGCGUGACGACCAGAGGAUGCUGUGGUCAUCAACCUCUUCGGGACAUUGAAUUUCGCGUGGGCAACAGCAGUGUGGAUCUUCAGCGGAAUCCUCUGUGCACGUGGUUCCCGGGAACUCUCGAAGAAGGAAUCACCAAGACUUUCACGUGCGCCAGGGCGCUGGUCGGACAGUACGUGUUUCUGCAGCUGGUGAGCGUCGAGGGAAGUCUCAGUCUUUGCGAAGUUGAAGUUUUCGCCACGGAUGAAUUCUCGAUAGACCGCUGCGCCAGUGCCGGCACCCCGGCUGACGCCGAUUUAACAGCGUUUAAUUCGACCUGCUACGAAUUCGUAGUGACCAAAGGAGGAUCCUUCCAGGAUGCCAGGUCGUACUGCCAGGGACGAGGCGGAGACUUGGUUCACGGCUUCAAGGGAGUGUCGUCCACCUUCAUCCUGAAUAAUUUGGAGAGGCGAAAGGAGAAACUUAAAACUCAGCUGGUCUGGAUAGGCGCGCAAAAGGAGCCACUGAUAACGGCGAGAACGUGGCGGUGGGUCGACGGCGAAAUGGUCCAGAGGCCAUCGUGGGGCAAGGAUCAGCCGAAUAAUUACAACGGGGAGCAGAAUUGCGUGGUGCUGGACGGGGGUCGGGGGUGGCUGUGGAACGACGUCGGAUGCAACUUGGAUUAUCUUCACUGGAUUUGCCAGAGUAAACCGUCGAGCUGCGGCAGCCCGGAAAAAUCGGAAAACACGACCAUUCUGGGAACGAAAAGAUCGGUUGGUGCCAGCGUAGACUACACAUGUCCAAAGGGAUACAUGCUGGUGGGAUCGAAAUCGAGAACGUGCGAAUCUUCAGGAUUCUGGAGCGGAGUUGCGCCUACUUGCAAGUUCGUUGAUUGUGGACCACUUCCAACACUUGAAAAUGGUAUUGUGACUCUUGAAGAGGAUCGCACAACGCAUGGUGCAAUUGCAGAUUACACGUGUAAUGAGAAUUACACGUUGACCGGUGACACUAAGAGGAAAUGUGGAGAUGGCGGAAAUUGGAGUGGACAUCAACCGCAGUGUUUGUUCGAUUGGUGUCCUGAACCUCCUGCUAUCAAUGGAGGAGUGGUGAGCACCACCGGAAAACGUGCUGGUUCUACGGCUACUUAUACCUGUCAGAAUGGAUUCAUUCUAUUUGGGGACAACGUUCUCAGUUGUGACGUCGGUGGAGAAUGGAUCGGAAAGGCACCUCAGUGUCGAUUCGUUGACUGCGGCGCACCUGCUCAGAUCGAAUUUGGUUUGGUUAAUUUGAUUAAUGGUACCACGACCGUGGGAAGUAUUUUGGAGUAUAAAUGUCUGGAUGACUAUUGGCUGGUGGGAGAUGCAAAACAUGAAUGCACGAAGGAAGGCAAAUGGAGCCAUGAGACUCCAUCUUGCGAGUUGAUCACCUGUGAAGAACCUGAUGUCCCUACCGGAAGUUACGUUGUGGGAUACGAUCUAAAUGUUCGCAGUGUCAUAGAAUACCAUUGCGACCCCGGAUACCUUCUACAGGGCGAACCCAAACAUAUAUGUGGCAAAGAAGGCGAAUGGAGUGGUGACGUACCAACCUGCGAAUAUAUCGACUGCGGAAAAGUGCUGCCAGUUUUGAACGGUGCUGUAGAGUACAUAAACGGCACUACUCAUUUGGGCAGUGAAAUAUCUUAUAGCUGUACGAGAAAUUACAGACUGAAUGGAGUACCCAAAAGAUACUGUCUAGAUAACGGACAAUGGAGCGACGCGACGCCAAAAUGCGAAGAAAUCCGUUGUCCGGAGCCGAUUCUAGCGGAACAUGGAAUUCUGUCGGUGACCGGAAACGACCGUAUGUACGGGAGAACUCUGAUUCGCACUGGAACAGUAGAAAAUUCAAACACUGGCGCGACUUCCUAUAAAAUCGGUGCGCUGGCCAAAUACAGGUGCGAGAGGGGUUAUAAAGUAGUGGGAGACCCAUUGUCAACCUGCGAAGAUAAUGGGAAAUGGAGUGGGGAGGUACCGCAGUGCGUCUAUGUAGAUUGCGGAAAACCAGGACAGAUUCAACAUGGCCGCUACACUCUGACGUCAAACGCUACGUAUUACGGAGCCGCCGCACUGUACGAGUGCGACGGUAAUUUCGAACUUGAUGGCUUCGCGAGAAGACUGUGUCUAGAGAACGGUACGUGGAGCAGCGAAACUCCAGUCUGUCAGGAAAUCAGGUGUAGGGAUCCUGAGAAGAGCGGAGUGUUGUCCACCCAGGUGUCGACGCACAGCGUCGGCGGCGUCGCUCACUACAGUUGUCCCAGAGGUCACUAUAUGGAGGGUAACGAGACAAGAGUGUGUCUUCAAAACAGUUCCUGGAGUGGAGCAGUGCCAGCAUGUUUCUCUGUAGACUGCAAGCAUCCAGGCCCCAUUGAGAAUGGCAGAGUAAUAGUCGUGAACGGUUCCACAACUUAUGGCGGUGCUGCAGAGUACCAUUGUUUACCUCAGUUCGAGAGAAUUGGUCCAUUUUUAAGAAAGUGCAUGGACACUGGUGUUUGGAGCGGGGAGGAACCUAGAUGCGAAGCAAUGUCAAAUGAAGUUGCCGAAGCCCAAGGAGUGGGAACGAGCGUUGGAAUUGGCGCUGGAGUUAUUCUUUUUAUUUUACUCAUCUUGGGGCUGAUAUACCUAAGACUACGAAAAGCAACACCAGUGAAGAAUACGGAGAACGUACAAGCUGCCGAAAGAAAAGAAGAUCAAAACGCAGCAGUGAUGUCGUACGCGAGUUUAAAUGAUGGAACGCCCAAUCCAAUGUAUGAGAAUGUUCCUGAGGAUGGUCUUUAUGAUAGUCCAUAUAGUAUAUCUGGCAGCACGUAUGGAGUGCGAAAUAUGUGCAGGUACGGCACGAAUGGAAGAAGGAGCUACGACAGGGCCGGCCAUUACGAAGCAGAGCCCGUACCAAGAAAUGGGAUCACCAUAAACGGUGUGUCCGUACGGUAAUUCGUAAUCCGUACAAGAAAUUUUGUAAAUCUUGAACUCAACGCUUUAAGUCUCUGAAAUAAUUUAUCGCCCUGUGCAAUCACCCAGAAGUAAAAGGAAAACCGUAAUUUCUAUAAGAAUAUUUAUCGGUCGCUCUUUACUAGGUUAAAGAAUAAUCCGUUUUGUCCAUAUGAUUAUUUAUGAUCCCGAGGUUACGUCGUUUUAAGCGUGUAAAUAGAUUUCCAAGAAGGAAAUGGAAAGUUUUUAAUGGCUGAGUUUUUCCUUUUGACCAGGUCAAGUGUAUGAUUUCUGUAUAUAUGGUGUUUUUAAUUAUUUAGCGUUAUUAUUCGUAUGUAGCAAUAGAGACGCAUCUCUCUAACCUUAAGAAUAAAUAUUCGACUCUCGUGUCCACGUGCGAAUAAAGGAAUGAUCUUG